AUGCUAAAGUUGCUCCAAUUCUUCCUAAUAUUUUCAAUUUUCUUCCACAAAACCUUCGGACAACCCUCCUACUGCCUUUCGCACUCAACAUGCGACUCGUGUCUCGAUUCCGUCGGUUGCUCGUGGUGCGUCGAUCGCGCUUACGACAUUAAACGCCCUCGUUGCAUGCCAAAAAUGGACUUGCUUCAAUACAAAUGUCGCCCAGAGUUCAUCCAAGAAAGUGUCGAGAUGCAAAAAAACAUUUUCAAAGACGAACCAUUGUCGGAUUAUUCCCGCGACGAUUUGGAAGCGCGUCAAAUUCGACCGCAACACGUCAAAAUGAUGAUGAAAAAAGGCACAACGCAGGAAAUUCACAUGAAAUUCCGCCCGGCGAAAAAUUACCCGCUGGAUUUGUAUUAUUUGAUGGAUUUGACGUGGAGUAUGAGGGACGACAAAGAGACUUUGGUGAAAAUGGGCGGAAGUUUAGCGAAUGCCUUGAACAAUUUGACGGAAAAUAAUCGAUUGGGCUUCGGAUCUUUCGCUGACAAGCCGACAAUUCCGUAUAUCAUGAUCAGUCCGACGGAAAAAGCGAAUCCUUGUGCCGUUGAACGUCAAACGUGUGCUCCGACUUACCUCUUUAAGCACCAUUUGAGUCUCACAAGUGACAUCGAGCAGUUCGUUCAACGCGUAAAUUCGAGUGUUGUCACCGGAAAUGCGGAUAAUCUCGAAGGCGGCUUGGAAGCUCUCAUGCAAGUUCUCGUUUGUGACGCUCGAGUCGGUUGGAAAGCGCGUUCCCGUAAAAUUGUCGUCUUCGCAUCGGAUGGCUGGAUGCACGUAGCUGGCUUUGGACUACUUGGAGGAGCUCCGCAACGCAACGACGCCAAAUGUCAUCUCACGUCGAACGGCGAUUACAGCAAUUCCCUCUUCAUGGAUUACCCGUCGCUCGAAGAAAUUUACCGCGAACUCCUUCGUCGCAAGCAUUCUGUCAUCAUCAUCCAACGUGUGUAUUGA